CCUGCUCCCGGCCCCCAAGUCACAUCAUCACCCUGUGCUGAGCCACGACAUGAGGGAAAUUGUGCACCUGCAGGUCGGCCAGUGCGGCAAUCAAAUUGGAUCAAAGUUCUGGGAGGUGAUCAGCGAUGAGCAUGGCAUCAGCAACACGGGAGCCUACCAGGGGAACAGCACGCUGCAGCUGGACAGAGUAAACGUCUACUUCAAUGAAGCACAUGAUGGCAGAUAUGUGCCCCGGUCUCUACUGGUGGACCUCGAGCCUGGAACCAUGGACAGCAUCCGCAGCAGCAAAAUAGGGCAACUUUUCCGCCCGGAUAACUUCAUCCAUGGUAACUCUGGAGCAGGCAAUAACUGGGCUAAAGGCCACUACACUGAGGGAGCAGAGCUGGUCGAAAGCGUCAUGGAUGUCCUACGCAAUGAGUGUGAAAGUUGUGACUGCCUGCAGGGCUUCCAGCUGGUCCAUUCCCUAGGGGGGGGCACCGGUUCAGGCAUGGGCACGCUGCUCAUCAACAAGAUCCGUGAGGAAUAUCCAGACCGCAUCAUGAACAGCUUUAGUGUGAUGCCAUCGCCUAAAGUAUCUGACACAGUGGUGGAGCCCUACAACGCCAUCCUGUCUAUUCACCAGCUCAUAGAGAACACAGAUGAGACCUACUGCAUCGAUAAUGAGGCACUCUAUGACAUCUGCUUCCGCACUCUCAAGCUAAGUACCCCUACCUAUGGAGACCUCAACCACCUCGUCUCCUUGACCAUGAGUGGUGUCACUACAUCUCUGCGCUUCCCUGGUCAGCUCAAUGCGGAUCUGCGUAAGCUGGCGGUCAACAUGGUACCUUUUCCCCGUUUGCAUUUCUUCAUGCCAGGAUUUGCACCUCUGACUGCUCGGGGGAGCCAGCAGUACUGUGCUUUGACUGUGCCUGAGCUCACUCAACAAAUGUUUGACGCCCGUAACAUGAUGACAGCCUGUGAUCCACGCCAUGGCCGCUAUCUCACAGUGGCUGGGGUCUUCAGAGGACAAAUGUCCACCAAGGAAGUAGAUGAGCAGAUGCUAGCUAUCCAACAGAAAAACAGCAGUUACUUCGUGGAGUGGAUUCCCCAUAACGUCAAAGUAGCUGUGUGUGACAUCCCCCCUAGGGGACUAAGGAUGGCGUCCACUUUCAUUGGAAACAAUACAGCUAUCCAAGAGCUGUUCCGCAGGAUCUCUGAACAGUUUUCAGCCAUGUUCAGGAGAAAGGCCUUUCUACACUGGUAUACCGGUGAAGGUAUGGACGAGCUCGAGUUUUCUGAGGCUGAAUGCAACACCAACGACCUUGUGUCGGAGUACCAGCAGUACCAGGAUGCCACUGCUGACCUGGAGUGGGGGGAGGAGGAGGAGGAAGAAGAAGAGACCGUGGCAGCGGAGACAGAGGUCCAGUCGUAGCAGUAGAUAUGUCGCUACAGGCUGCCUGGGCCUCAAACCUCCUUAGCAUAGGUGUCUCACCUUUAAGUUUUGUUUUUUAUUUAAA